CGAGCGGUCUCGCUUUUGACACGCAUCUGCGCAAUCGCUCCUCGCGUAAGGAACAGCUGGUUGUCGCCUCGCGACCAAAACAACGCAGUGUGUCUCCCCGAAGUAAACGGUCUUUGUCAGUGCCCAAAUCGUCUGGAUACGCCGAUUCGCCGAGCGACCACCCAUGGAUUUACACUCGGACGAGUGGCUGAUACACUAGCCCCGGUGUGGCCCCCGCCGCGGUUCUCUGGAGCCCUGGCCGUGGGAAAGUGCGCCGCUAGCAGCAGCAGCAGCGUCGGCCCAAAGCAUCAGCAUCAGUGCAGCACCAACGCGGAGCCCACUGGCAGGCAGGGAGGGCGGCGGUGGGAGAGGCUUGUAGCAGCAGCGGUGCCGUGCAGCUGACUAGAGCAGCAUGGUGAAGACUUUCCAGGCAUACUUGCCGACCUGCCACCGCACCUACAGCUGCAUUCACUGCAGGGCCCACCUGGCCAACCACGACGAGCUCAUCUCCAAGUCAUUCCAAGGAAGCCAAGGAAGGGCUUACCUCUUUAACUCAGUGGUGAAUGUCGGGUGCGGGCCAGCAGAGGAGCGCUACUUACUCACUGGUCUCCAUGCAGUGGCUGACAUCUACUGCGAAUGCUGCAAAACCACACUUGGUUGGAAAUACGAACAUGCAUUCGAGUCAAGCCAGAAGUACAAGGAGGGCAAGUACAUCAUCGAGCUGGCUCACAUGAUCAAGGAGAAUGGCUGGGAUUGACAACACGCCCCGGUGGAGGAAGAGGACGCGCCGCCGCCACCCUCAUCGUCGUCGGCCCCUUCCUCCCCCGUGGUGGCCCUAUUUCGCAAUGGCCACCCACCGCCACAGUACUUCCCACCCUUCUGAAGGGUGGACCCGCAUUGCCACAGCCAAAGUGGGAUGGCCUUCAGACAGAUCAGCUGUCCCUGAUGCUAGAAGAGUCAAGUCUGCCCGAUUGCUAGUGUAGCAGGUCCUGCCUGUUCCCCGACUGGUCGUUCUUUUGUUGUUGUUUUUUUCUGUCUCUGGAAAGCCACGUUUCUCCAGGGCACGUCCUUCCAUUUGCACGGCCGUUUUCGGCGAGGCUGAGGGGAGACUAAUGUAAAAAGAGACAGGAUACCUUGAUAACUCGGUGAGGUGCUCGUUCGCAAGUGCCUGUUUGAUUGAGGCCAAAUUGAGUUUUCACUAGUUCCGGUGUUUUUUAAAGAGGGUUAGGGUUUCAUUAUAAUUUUGUGUCAUUGUUCGGGGGCUUGUAAAGAAGGUGUACUGGGGCAAUCGCGGUUAAUCAUUAUUGCUCAAAGCCGCAUGCUCAACUUUCUAGACGAAGUCGUCAACGGGUAAUUGGGGGGUUGUACUGCAAGGCAGUUGUUGCUCAUGGUAUUAUUAGAGACUUCACGACUUGCGAGACCUAAACAUAAUGGCGCAAAAACUUAAAUCAUGAUUAACGCAUUCGCAUACCUUGCCGGUGACAAGACUGGCACAACACCCUACAAGGGCCAAGAAAUAGUAUGCUUUUCAUUUCACUCUUCUUGAGGGUGAAUGUUUUAUUUCUGUCUUUCACAAUAGCUCGGUGAGAAAAAGAUAUACGGCACACCUUGAGGGAAAUGUUUUAUGUAGGAAGGUGUUCCUGUACUUCAGGUUAGCUCGGUGAACAAAAAAAAAAAGAGUGUACCGCGAAGUGUUUUAAUAUGUGACAAUGUUUCUGUGCUUCAGAUUAACGCUAAAAAAAUUCUCCACUUCUUGAUGCAGAUCUUACGAGGUUUUGUGCUCAAGAUUAACUGGGUGAUGAAAAUAAUUGUUCUGACAUAGGAGCAUAAACAAGUUUCCUCUAUUAAGCCAGGUGUGUUAAGAGCUCAUUUGAACCAUAGCAUAUAUAGUCUGUUGCUGUGAGGUGUGUAACAAAUGAAAUUGCUGCUGGAAUUGUUUCCUUAGCCUCACACAUGGGUGGUCAUCAGACAAAUAUCUAAAAGUGGAAUGGAUUGGUUGUCUGAAAGUGUAGUUGAUGCGGAGACUUGUUUUUGAUGUACCCCACUGCAAAGUGUGGGGGUAGUUGCUGUUCCAUUCCGGUGUGACGAUCUGUCGGGGACAGGCAGAAGUUCUGCAGAAACGUUGUGCAGGACAAGAAACUCCUCUUCAAAAUGAACUUCAAAACGAGUAGUGCUGUGUUUAUGACGCCAAGUUGGCCCUUCUGUCUCGAUGACAAACUCGCCACGAGAGGACUCUGUGAGGGACUGUGUUGUCAUGUGAUCACUACAAGACUUGUGGUGAAAAAGCGCGGAAGUUUUUUUUUUUCCCGACACCCGGUCAUUUGUUGGGUGGGACACCAUGACGAUGCAGCGAAGCCAGCUGCGAGGACAAAUAUGCCAUUGUAUCGUCAUCUAGGCAUGGUCAGGUACCGCGGGACCUAGGGCUUAUUGUUGUCAAGAUUUUUUUUACUCAUUAUACUUGAGGAUUUUAGAAUGUGCGUGCGUGUGUGUGUGCAGAGUUUUUGAGGGUGAGGGUUGGGAGGAGAAAUGAUACUGUUAUGCUUGUGUGUGUGUGUGCGUGCGUGUGUGCUUGCGAAUAAUUUAAAUCAUUAUCUUUGAAUGUAUGAGAAUGCAGUGUGUGUUGUACCUCGGAUGCUGCUGUGAAGUGUGAUGGACACUGUUUACAUGGGCUGAGUGGGGUCUCAUCUGGGUCACAAGAUGCGUAUGAAGCUUGUGUAAUGUCUGUCUGUCUGAGCGAUCACAAGUGUGGAGUUUGGCGUGAUGUUUUUUUAAAGGCUUUACCAGCACUAUUUCGUGUGUUAGUGUGCGUUUGCAUUUGUCCUCUUAAUUGAAUGUUUUCUCUCUCUGCAUCUUCUAGUCUGCAGUUGUUUAUGUUUGGUUGUUUGUUUGUUUGUCUCGACACUUGCUGCGAGUGCUUCCUGCAAUGACAACAAAGUUUUAUCUGUGAUUAUAUUUCUUUUGCACUUUUCUUUCUUUAAUAUAAGCGUGAUUGCAACAUGUGAGAUCAGGCCGCGCGGAAUGUGCAGCCUAUGCAUGUGAAACACUGAACAUAGCAUUAGAGGAGGUGAUUCAUGACAAAGCAUGUCUCGUCACACAUCUUGCUUGUCUCAAUUUAUGAAUGACUGGGACUUAUCUUGCCACAGUGUGAAAUCGAAUUUUUUAUUUUUUUUUGUCUCUCUCACCCUUUUGUUGUCCUACUUAAUUAAAUUUAGCCCACAGACACGCUCAUACAGUUUUAAUAGGCAGUUUUUGGCACCUGCCAUUGGACACAACUGUGUGAGGCAAGGCCUGAAUAAAUACAUUGCUUCACCAGUUUACUGAAAUCAUUAGCAGUUGUUGCCAGGGCAGUUUUCGACAAUCCUUGCGCACUCGCACGUGCAUGCUGUUACAAUUACUUUGGUUAAUUGGCGGGUACACAAUGUGUAUAAGCUGCUGCGAAAUUUCACUUGUAGAAGCACACUAUACCAACAGUAUUCAAAGCCUUGUGUUGUUUCAGAACUGCAAGAGAUAAUAUUUCACCGUUUUUGGCGUCUUGGAUAGUCAGGGUAGAAAUAAGAGAGGUCACUAGAAUCGCUUGUCUGGCAACACACAACAAUAGGUAGCCGGUGCUGUUUGGCCAUAUUGUGCUCUGUAUCGUACCUUUGUUUGCAAGGUAACUUGUACAAGAUUAUUGGGAUUUCCUUACUGUUGCUUACAGGGUGAUCCGUUAAGAAAGGUGACGGUUUAAUGGUACUAGAGCAACGAUAGACCCUUUUAGGAAUGCACCAAGCUAGUUAGUUUUUUCGCUAUGCACAAUUGCCCUAGGUGGCUGGUGCAUAAAUAAAAUGGGGAUUACUGGACAGUUCAUGCACUGUUGCUAUUUUUGUGCAUUAAACAUGACGGGAAGGUGUGCACGAAAGCAAGAACAAUGCACUAUGCAUUGACAGACAUUUUAGCGAUGCAAUUGAGCUGCCAUAUUUGGGCAUUCUGCAUUGCAAGCCAGCUUGGAACUUAUCUAAAGGGUCAAUUGCUGCAGAAGUGUGUCAGCAGGCAACUGGUAGGUCACCAUCAAUGAACCGACUCUUCUGAAUUUUCUCAACAUAAAGCCUUGAACUUAAAUCAGGUGUUCCCUCUCAUGUUGGCUCCAUGUAUAUGUGUUUAAAGUUUGGACAGUUAGGCCAUCUCAUCUCUGUUUACGUGGGGUAUAUGGCAUGCACGCACUACGAACAAAGGUUUAGAACAAUGUUUUUGUAGUUUGUACAUGCCCUGUAGCUUAUGUAAACUUUGUCCAACCAACUAGCUACCAGCUCAUCUUUAUUAUAACUUUUUAACAGUGGCCAAGAUAUUUGCAGCUCAGGUUUAUAAAGCCAAGAAAUUCAGCUGGGGCUUAUCUAGCUCACCAGGACAAGGGAAGAAAGGGAUUCUAGACAGAAUCUGGAAGUAGUGCGUAUUGUUCAUUGCCAUGCUUGUGGGCACAUCAAUGUUUUUCUUUGUUGUUGCCAGUAAUCUGGUUUCAACUUCACCGCAGCUGCCAUGAAAUAUUUGUUAAGCAACUCGAUUCUUCAGAAAUCUACAAGGUUUGAGUUCUACAAAAUGUUUGUGCACUUGUCACCUUGUGUGCAUCAAUGCAUGUACAGUUGCGUUCAAUGUGAGCUGCAACACCGGUGCCCAUGAUUGAAAGAGCUUGGAGACUGCAUGGCGGCUCUUAUAUGCAAAACAUUGGUUUAAUAAAUACCGGUAAUUUUAACUGUGUUUAGUUCUGCAGUUAUUCGUUUGUUGGUUCUGCCAUGCAGUCUUGAAGCCCCUUCAAUUACUAGCACCCGUGUUGCAACUCGUAUUGAACACGACUGUAUAUUGUAAAAAGCACUGGUGUCUAUCCACACCACUGUGCACAUAGAUUCUGAAUGUGUUUAAUUGAAAUCUUAGCUUGUGGAUGGCGCCCCUAAAGCUUUUUCCAAUUAACAUUGGUUAACACAUGGUUACAUGAUAAGCACUUAACACUGAACGGCAACAAAGGCACUUGAGUUGUUCGAAGCACUGUUACCUGGUUCAGAACUUGUACUCUUUAAGCGUAAUGCACAUCAGUUUCAUUACAUGAUCUUUGCCACAUGGAUAUGAUAGCGGAAAGAUUGCUUGGAAGGUCAAAUAAGAAUAUCCAGCCAAAGUCGAUUCUUUGUUUUACAUGUGCUCGGUUCAUUUUCUUCAGUAUGACUGUAGGGACUUACUGGGUAUGGGCAUAUGCACCCAGAGGGAAUCUCUGCAUAUAGGAAUGGCCAUUUACGGCCAUGCCCAUUCACAAUAAUGCCAAAUACUUUUGGGAGGAAUGGUCAAUUCGUCAUAACAGUCAAAUUAGCAACGUUGUUGAGAGCAGAUUCUUUCACAAGGCAGAUAUGGACGAAGGGGCAGAAAAUAGGAUUUUUUGGGCAAUGCUGGAAGAUGUGUACUUAUCUGUAGCACAAACAGGGUAUAGUAUUUGUGCAUCUUUGUUUAUAAUGAGUGCUCAUUCUUUAUAACAAGGCACAUCCUUGUUUAUUAAUAAGUAGUACAACUGUUGCAUAUGGAGCGGUGAUCUCGCGUGUAGCACCAAGGCUUUUUUUUUUGUCUCUACAUUUUGUGAGAACAGACCAACUUAUAUUCACAAAUACCUCUCUGGGCACCAUCAAGUGCAGAAAUUGUCUACUUGUAUGUCAUGCAGUCAGUGGCUUUUGUAGAUGCUAGCCACGUUCACUUUUCAGCGUUGAUGUGAAAUUCUUUCAUUGAAUGUGCCCAACAAAUUAAAGUUCUACUUUUAGCAGCGUUGAUUUUCACCAAAAGAGAGUAUGCACCAGCCCAUUCUUGGCUGAGCCUGGCAUUGCUCAGUUGAAGCCUUGUGACAUAUUUUUUGGCUAAAGUUCUUAUUAGCUAGAGACGUGAGCCUUUCCCUCGUGAAAUUUUUGCCUUAAUGUUUCUCGGGCUACGUGUUCAACCAGCUACUAACUUGUUUCUAGUUCUGAACAUUUUGUGAUCUGAAUCACUGCAGUGUUCCUCGUCAUUCACAUUGAAGAGCAGCAUGCAAUGCAUGGCAAUGAAUGAUGUCAUCUUGAUGAUUUGGCCAGAUUUCACGUUGCUUCUGUUACAGUGGAUGCUUGAACAGAGCUGAUGGCAUGUACGUGCGAGCAUUUUAGCUAGUGUAGGUCACCUUGUUAACUGCAGAAAAUCAGUUGAGAAUUGCCAAAACACUCGCAGUGAUAUGAGGAGACUGCUGGCUAGUGCAUGGGGGCUUGUUCUGGCAAACCUCUUGUGGGAUUUUUCAGCAGGUUUGCUUACUGCAAUGGUUCCACGCCUAUCAAGUAUCAUUACUUGCUUUACAAGCCCUCCUCAAUGUUGGUUGGACUAUGCCAGUGAAUGAAAAUGUGGGGGUGGUCUACAUUUAUAGAACAAGUUUAGACAUACGAUGAGCACUUAGUACCCCUGUCGCAUGGGCAGUUUCAAUCCACACUGGUCUGUUUGCCCUGAACCUUUCAAGUGUUUCCAAAGCACGAAGUGUGAACGGGGCAGAGCAGAACCAAAGUAAAGUGCACUUGAACGUGAUGUGCAUCAGCAUUUGAUCUGUAAGAGUUCAAUUUGCAUUGGCUCAAGAAAGCCCGAAAAUGCUUAUGUGAUAAGUUAUAAACAACAUUACCUGCCUUUCUCAGUUGCUCGUCAAGGGCCCAGAAACGAAGAAGGAUUACAAUUUUUCAUGGUGAACCCUAUGAGAUACUUGAAAAGUACUUGUAGUUGACGAGACAUUCCAUGAAAUUUGCACUGACAGAUGGCACGUCUAGGUUUAUUUUUUUUACUCAGUCUCUUCAAGAUUGGACAAAAACAUAUCUUUUUUUAUGCUGUGUACUUUUAGUUUGCUUUCAUUAUACUAUACCAACCUUGUAAUUGCUGGCACGUAAGUGGAGAGCGAUGAUCAUAUGGGCUGGUUGGGGCAGGAAUGUAAUGAAAGAUAACUAUGUGAAAACGUGAAGCAACACACAAGUGCAGCACUGUAUUUGUCUUUGUGUUGCAUCUUGUCUUUGCACAUCUUUUCUUCUGCAUGUUUCCUCUUAAGCACAUUCAGUGAUUGCCCAAUUUCAAACCAAACUCAUGAAUUUCACCUGCGUAGAUUUGUGCCCAUGUUAUAUUUCCGUCCCUCUUGGUAUCGUGGUACAAAACCACUAGCUUGUACAGACGGUUAUCUGCAAAAACCUUGAGGCGAAGAUUUCUUGUGCGACCAGGUUUACCGGGCUUUCUAUUCACUAUGUGGCCAGGUUCAGGAGUCUUGCGAUGCUUUCUUUUUGUACACAGUUGUGGCUACAUUUUUCAAUCCUGACCUUAAUUUGUAAAGAGCUUCUGCUAGCCUUGUCUCAUUGCAUUGCUCAUUGCAAGCUGUUGUCAUGGUCUUUCAAAAUCUUUUAAAACUUUCACUGUCAGGGUGUUCUGGUCCUUUUGCCCUCAGUGCAAUUGUCUAUCCAAACUCCUUAAGGUGUUCUUGGCUUUACAGUCCUCGCAUCUUGAGCACACUCUUGGUUCUUGUGCCACACUGGCCGUUUACCCGUUAUGUUGAACUCUAGUUGGCUGAAGUUUAUGUGAUGAUUACUGUUUGUUGAUGAAAUUUGUGGUUGUCUGCAUCAAAUAAUUAUCUACUGUUACUGCUGUCUAUUUAAACCAAACCUUCACAUGUUAAGAAUGCCUAUAGCUUUCAGACAGAAUGACUAAACACAGCAGAGCCAACAUGCUGGCUACCAGGCAUUGUGGGCAUGAUUUUUUUUUUUAUGGUGAAUAAUUGCUUCAUCAGCGUAUCUACAACUAUUGUGCUAACAGCCAUAGAUGUACAGCAGAUAAGAGCAGAGGACCCUGCCCUUGGCUGUGUUCGUAUUGCAGUGGAAUAUCCACGUUCGAAUCGCCCAUAUUGCUCCACAUUGAGCCUGUCUGUGCACUUCAGCUAUUGUCGCCCUACUGAGAUGUUUCUGCCGAUAUUUGUUCUCUGCCAGUGCAGCGCACUUUAGUCACAUAAAGCCUUUAUAUAUCUUGUAUUGAGGGAAUAGCACUGUAUUUAUUUCCUUCAUUACUUGCCUGUUUCUAUUAUUUGUUUGUUCACAUUAUGCUGCUGGGAAUGUCAUUGUUGGGUCUCAAUCUGGACCUGACACGUUGGAACUAAGAGAUUAAUAAGUGGCCUUGUUUAAUGCCGUGGGGAGAUGCAAGUUGAUGAGCUUAAGCCAUUAUUUAUUUUUUUCAGUUUCUUUUGUUUUUGUUUUUUCUUCACAUGGUUCGGUGCAAAUGCAGAAUGCUGUCUUUUAUCACACAUUCAGUCCCUAAAGGAAUGCAGAAUCUCCCCACUCCCUGCCGUUGCACUCCUUACUCUUGGAAACUUGGCACCUUUUGGGGUGUACAUUUGUCCCACUACGCCACUAAAAAUUGUAUACCAUUUACGGUGCACUUUUAUUUGUUACUCUGCAGUGAUUGUCGUCAAUCUCGUGUGCAUUUCUUGACCUUGAAGACAAUGAAUGAUAUGUGGUGUGAAAGGGCGUAGCAUUAAAAAUGCUGUGCUAUAACCAUCAUUUCAGAGGACACUUCCCUCCACUGUAUCUUUACUGACAGGAUAGUCACUGGGCACACCGCAUUAAGGAAAGGGACUUCAGCAAGAAUGACUACGAUUACUGUUACGUGACAAAAUAAUUUGUGCAGUAUUUUCAGAGAUCUUUCCCAGCAGAGCACUAAAGUGGUGGCAAAGUUUUAGAUACAGAAAUUCGCUUGGAAAGGUGUAAAAUUUUCAGAGUGCUAUUUUGGCAAAGUACACUUCAAAAGGUUGAAAUGUUAGAGUGCUGUUUCCUUGUGUGUGCGCGCAAAAAUGCAUCACCUUGGUGCAUGAGAAUCCAUCUUGUCUUUGCCAUGCUUCAAAGGUCACCCGAGAACGUCAAAACUCGUUCUUUGUAAAGCACCGGCAACAGCACGAGUUUUAGAUUUUUCUUACGGGAGAGAAAGGGAGUGCCGUUUGUGACUGAGCAUGAGUUGCCAACUUGCCGGAGGUGCAUACAUUCUUCGGGGAACGCAGAUAGUUGUACUAAAGUCUCCAUUGCAUGGGGAACAUUAUCUGUAACCGGUUUUUAGAAGUGGCUUGUUAAUUGUAGGAGCUGUUCCAAUUAAACUGUGGUACAUCCAGCAGAUUGAGGCAGUACAGUAGCGUGCGCGAUUGUCACAUGUUGUCUGUUGUGUCAGUGCCGAUGAUCAUGUGGUCACGCAACAAACACUUACAUGUAGUGGCUCCAGAGCUAUUUGUAUACGCGAGUGCGAAGCUUUCUCUUGAGUGUUCCUUUUUUUUUUUUUUUUUUCUCUCGAAGUGACUAGCAUUGUGUUCUUCAUCCUGUGAAGCUUGGUGUUAACUACUGCAUUAAUGUGCAAGACGUGCAUAUUUUAUAUAGACACAUCAACCAUCGCGCGUGAGUCACUUGUGCUUUGUUUACUCCAUACCACGUGUCGCCUCAUCUGCUCUACAAAUGAGUUGCCUUCAGCCAUCAUCACUGUCGUUGGGAGAGUGUACACAUAGGAGAAGUCUGACCGAAGAGAGCCUUCAAGUCUGGAGUGUGACUAAGCAUAUUCUGAUGUUCGAGUCAUGUGUCUUCAACUUUUUUUGCAUAAAGCAGAGCUGCUGUCCCUGUA